GAUGUUAGAGUUUAUUCUUCGAAGAGGCAACCAUGCGACUGACUGGCUUCCUCUGCGUGGCACUCUGGUCUGCCAGUGCUGUUGUGCUUGCCGAACAUCAGCCAUGCCGUCCUCCCCCACAAACGCAUGGAAAUCUUUGGGUGACUGCCGCUAAGGGGGCGCCAGCUUCUGUGGGUGAAUUCAACUACGACUCUCAAGCCAGAAAGCUCCACUUCAAAGAUGAUGCGCUCCACGUGAACAAGACUGAUCACCUGGAGAUGCUUAUUUUCUUCGAAGAGGGCAUCUUCUAUGACAUUGACAGCCACAAUCAGAGCUGUCACAAAAAGACCCUUCAGUCAACUUACCACUGUCUGGAAGUGCCCCCAAACGCCACCCACGUGACAGAGGGCUACCUGGGCAGCGAGUUUAUUGGUGAUCAGGGCGUUCGCAUGAGGAAGUGGAGGAAGAGAGUCCCCGAGUUAGACGGUGUUGUAACCGUGGCCACCACCUCCUGUGGCUGUGUGACACUGUUUGCCACCCUGUUUACAGACUCUAAUGACGUCCUGGUGUUCAAUUUUCUAGAUGUUGAGAUGAAGGUGAAGAAUCCACUGGAAGUGUUUGUGCCUCCCUCCUACUGCGAUGGAGUGGCCUUGGAGGAAGAAGGCGACACCUUUUUUGGUCUUGCAACAAUGUGUAAGAUUGGAUUCCUUUGUUUGACAGCUUGGUGCGUCACUGCUGUUGGUUUUGCUCAGAGUCAACAGCCAUGUAAGCCACCGCCAUUAGUUAGUGGGUUUCUCUGGGUGACUGCUGCUAAAGGGUUGCCUGCAGGAGCAGGGAAUUUCUUCUAUGAUUCUCCAGGGAAACGACUUCGAUUCACAGACAACGAAAGCCUUUCGCAGAAGGCCAAAUACCUGGAUGUCCUGUUUCUUUUUGAAGAGGGCAUUUUCUAUGAGAUCAACAGCAAAACCAGCAGUUGCAAGAAAAGGCCUCUACAGUCACUGCUUCAUCCUAUGGAAGUCCAACAAAAUAUGACAGCCGAGGGGGAGGAUAUGUAUCUGGGUAGCAGAGUAGAUAGUGGCCAAGGGUUGAACAUGAGGAACUGGAUUAUGCAAGUACCACAGCUUAAUGGUGUAUUUGUAGUCACCACCAGCCCUGUUGGCUGCUUAACUCUUAGUGCUGUGCUGUUCACUCAGUCAAAGGACUUGCUUAUUUUCAGUUUUAUUGAGGUUACUAAAGAAGUGAAGGACCCACAGGUGUUUGUACCUCCAGCAUUCUGUGAUGGUGUGCCUUUGGAACCUGAAGGAAAUACCUUCUUUGGAGUCUUCUUAAAACAAGCACACCUUUCAUGAAACUGUGUAUUACAAAUUAACAGAGUUUGGUUUGGUUGACAGUGUGUUCCCUGUCUGAUUAAACCAUCUACUAGCCUUCUCGCAAUGUUAACGAAAGUUAAACUAAAUUUGUUGAUCCAGUCUGUGGCCUACAAAAGACAAAAGGGGGGUUGCAGCCUUCAGCUGUGUAGGCAAAUGAGAUAAAGAAAAUUCCAUUCCAUGUAAUCCUCAAAAAUAAAAUAAAAACCUGCUUGCAA